AUGCAAACUUCAACUCCUCCUCCUCCUCCCUCUAAUGCCUGUAACUCACAUCCAAGGCUGGAAGAGAAAUCCAGAGGGGAGAUUUUCCUCAUGCACACCGUUGCUGAAAGCAGGGAGAGUGAGAAGAAGGAGGAAGGGGAUCUGCCUCUCUCUCCACCUACUACAAGAUUUCUAAGGGGAGGGGGACCUAGAUUUGCAUCUUUUCUACGAGGUGACUGAGAACUGCAGGUUCAAUCAGAUUAUACAGAUCACUGGGAAUUUAUUGUAAAAAAAUCGACACUUUCAGAGGGAAAUCUCCAUCUUCAUCUGUCAGAUUUGAUUCCGGAGGUGGUAUUGGUGUGUGUGUGUGUGUAUUGGUUUUUUUUUCUUUUCUUUUUUCUUUUCUUUUUCUUUUUUUUCCUCCUUUUCCUUUCUCCUAGGGGCUACACAAUGGCAGUCUUCUUUCAGUAAGAUGAUUCCGGCUUUGGCUUCUGCAGAUCCUCCCAUCCUCAUAGCGAUCAAGUAAAAGGCUAUGGUUUUCUCUUUGGGGAUCUUUUGUGCAUUACUGUUCUCCCUGAUUAGUUUUUGGCCUCAGUUGGGAUUUCUUUGCCUUUUCGUUUGGCUUCAUGCUGAAAAGGAUUUUUCCCCCCCACCCUUUUGGUAAUAAUCCAGUGUUGAUCUAGGGGGAUAAAUCAUUCAUCCUGGACGAAAAAACAUUCAUUGAGAAGUCUCAAAGAAAUAUACCACGUGAGGGGAAAAAACUGGGAGAAGAUCGGAAUAUUAUCGUUUUUCCUAUGGUAAAACUGGUGCCCCUCUUCAGGAGAACUGAUUUCAAAUUAUUAUUAUGCAACCACAAGGAUCUCUUCUUUCUCAGGGUGUCUAAGCUGCUGGAUUGCUUUUCGCCCAAAUCAAUGUGGUUUCUUUGGAACAUUUUCAGCAAAGGAACGCAUAUGCUGCAGUGUCUUUGUGGCAAGAGUCUUAAGAAAAACAAGAACCCAACUGAUCCCCAGCUCAAGGGUAUAGUGACCAGGUUAUAUUGCAGGCAAGGCUACUACUUGCAAAUGCACCCCGAUGGAGCUCUCGACGGAACCAAGGAUGACAGCAGUAAUUCUACAUUAUUCAACCUCAUACCAGUGGGACUUCGUGUUGUUGCCAUGCAGGGAGUAAAGACAGGGUUGUAUAUUGCCAUGAAUGGAGAAGGGUACCUCUACACAUCAGAACUUUUUACCCCUGAAUGCAAGUUUAAAGAAUCUGUUUUUGAAAACUAUUAUGUAAUCUACUCAUCCAUGCUGUACAGACAACAAGAAUCUGGUAGGGCCUGGUUCUUGGGUCUUAACAAGGAAGGACAAGUCAUGAAGGGAAACAGAGUGAAGAAAACAAAACCAGCAGCUCAUUUUCUACCCAAGCCAUUGGAAGUUGCCAUGUACAGAGAACCAUCUUUGCACGAUGUUGGAGAAACAGUGCCAAAGGCCGGAGUGACUCCAAGUAAAAGCACAAGUGCGUCUGCAAUAAUGAAUGGAGGCAAACCAGUGAACAAGAGUAAGACCACAUAGCCAGAUCUUCACAGGUGUUGUGACUUAACGCAUCCUGAGCAAAGUUGAGCUAUUUAUCCUUGCCAGACAUUCCGGCUCUGGGAUCUAUGGAGCAGCUAGAAGCAAGUGAAGGCUUGCUCUUUGCCGCUUCUGAACAAACUUGUUGCAAAUGGAUAAAACUCAACAUGUUGCACCCUCUUUCCCUCCCUGGCUCUCCCCACUCCAAGAGGACACCUGGAUAACCAGCUAAACUCAGACCAUGGAAUGCCCUACCAGAUAUGGAAUGCCUUUUUAAUAUCUUUUCUGUGACUGUGACACUUCAUGUGAAUGACAUACUUCACUUGAUACACUUGAUAC